AAAUUUUUCUCGAGCUAAUCGCACAGAUUGUGCUGCCGCAAGCCGUGAAUUCGAAGCUCGGCGAUCUCAGAAAGUGUAAGGAAGUUAUAAAAAACAGCUAUUACUUGUGGUUUUUAUAAAAAAUAAUUACUUCAUUGUUCGAAAUAAUCUAUUAAGAUUCAUCAGAUUCAUAUCAGAUUACGACACACACAUCAACUUUUAAUGAACAAAGAUCGUACUUGGAAUCGGUUUAAGAAUUCGAUGCAAUGUUGUUCAACUUUAACAGUUAUAAAUAUGCAAGAUCAUUGCACCGGAUUUAUUCAAGACUGCAUCUUAACAUGCCACCUAAAUUGGAAUUAAUUGCCGCAGCAUGCGAAAAUAUGGGCAUUGGAGUAAAUGGCGAUUUGCCUUGGCGUUUAAAGACGGAAAUGGCGUACUUCACGCGCAUGACAACUAACACAAUGUGCAAAAAUAAAAGGAACGUCAUACUUAUGGGUAGACGCACAUGGGAGUGCAUCCCCGAAAAGUAUCGACCUCUGAAGGACCGAAUAAAUAUGGUGUUAACUUCGCAAUUAUUGGAUUAUGGAGAUGAUGCGAUAGUAUGUAAAAGUAUACCACAUGCGCUUGACGUAAUUUCAGGAAUGCAGAAUGAAGUAGAAAGGGUAUGGGUAAUAGGAGGAAGUAACGUGUAUAAGAGUGCCAUGGAAUCUCCGCACUUUGGACGAUUGUAUUUGACGCGUAUAAAGAAAAAAUUUGAAUGUGAUACGUUCUUUCCUUCUAUCCCAAACGAUUUCGUGUUAAUCGAGGAUCCAAUGGUACCACAAGGUAUACAGGAAGAAAAAGGAAUUGAAUUUGUAUAUGAAGUGUAUAAAAGAAGUAGCUAAAGAGUUGAAAGAACAUUACUUCUUUCAAUUAAAUUAAAAUUAUAAAUGUAUUAUUUUUGUUGCAAAACAUUAUUUUUGCUGCA